AUGGGCGACGGAGGCAGCAUCACUCCUCGAAUUGGUACUAUGAAGACGCUGCUUGGACUAAUUGCUGGUGCUGGAGCAUCUUAUGUCAUUUAUAAACUUAUAAGUGGGGGAAGUUUGAGGCGAUACAAGAAAAGUGGACGCCAUGCAGUCGCGGCUUCAAAGGACAAUGACGAUAAUAGCGUGCGGCCAGACAGUCUGUUGGCCAAAGUGUCCGGACUGGAAGUUGUAUGUCCCCCAAAGAGUGAUGAUUCGUAUGACCUCAUCCAACAGUCUGCAGGUGACCUGGAACCACACCACCUGAAAUUGCUGCUGACAAGCCUAAAAAACAGCAAUAGCACACCAUGCAAAUGUCGUCUAUUGGUGACUUUAGGAAACGCCGCAGCGUUUACAGUCAAUCAGAAUGUUAUACGUGAAUGUGACGGGAUUGCUGUCAUAGGUGGCUUCCUCUCUGACUCUGCGCAAGAGGUUAAAGUGCAGGCUUUGAAUGUUUUAAACAAUCUGUGUGUGAACACACAAAACCAGGAGGAACUGAAGGUUUACGUGCCACAAGUGCUGGAGUUGAUUGAGAUGUCGUCGGUGAACUCUGACCUUCAACUGGGUGCUCUCAGGCUGUUAACCAACUUGUCCGUCACGGACAAACAUCAUCACAUGCUCAAAGACUCAGUGACGCUGCUACUCUCACUGCUGGUGGUGGGCAACGCCAGUUUACAGGUUCAGACCUUGAAGGUUUUGGUGAAUUUAUCAUCGAACCCGGACAUAAUGGAUGAUAUCGUUCAGGCUCAGGCUCCUGCUUCCGUCAUGCUGCUAUUCGACGUGCAAACGGCGUCCCCGGUGCUUCUGCGACUACUGACGUUCGCGGGCAACCUUCAGGCUUGGAGGCCUUCGGCGCAGGUGGCCAAGGAACUCAGGCUCAAGCACGACUGCCUCUUCCGGGUCAUGCUGGACGAGUCGUCGGAGCUCAACCGCCGACUGGUCGAUUUGCUGUCGCACCCCGACAGGGAGAUUCAAGGGCAGGUGGCCCGUAUAUUGACGUAG